AUGUCAGCAUUCUCGCCGUCUGCGAAUAGCAGCUCUCAUCAUCACAGUCAUAGCCAUAAUGGAUCAACACCACACCAUAAUAUCUACACCAGAAUUAGUGAUGCUACCGAUAUCGAAAUGGGAUGCACUUCACCGUCGAAGGGUCACAGAUUCAUCGAUUCAUUCCGUGAAAGGAUGACAUUCAGACGUCGUCGAGAUUCAGCCAAUACAUCAAGCUUCGAGGCGGAAAUGUUAGAAGAAGAUUUGGGUUUUCCACCAGCCUAUAGUAACGCUCCACCAGGAGUGCAAUACGGCCAGUCGGUACCAUCAGAUGCGGCAUUCUUCAACAUUGAUUUCCGUAGUCGUUCACGUUCGGACGCCACUCCAAUAUCGACGCAUAAAAUG